AUGCAGAUAUUCGUCAAGACACUGACUGGUAAGACAAUUACUCUUGAAGUAGAGCAGUCCGAUACAAUAGAGAAUGUUAAGGCCAAAAUUCAAGAUAAGGAAGGAAUACCACCUGACCAGCAAAGACUUAUAUUUGCCGGAAAGCAACUGGAGGAUGGCCGGACUUUAUCCGACUAUAACAUUCAGAAGGAAAGUACUAUUCAUUUAGUGCUACGCCUACGAGGAGGCAGUCAAUAA